AUGUCCAGCGACGACGAGCUCCGUGACCUCCUGGUCCAGGAAGCCACCACCGCGAUCAUCUCCGGCGCCGAUCCCUCCCGCCCCACGGCCCGAUCGGCCCACUUCCUCCUCCCCCGCGCGGGGGGCGCUCGCCUCCCUGCUCUGCCAUCCCCGCCCCGCAAUGCCGGCCCUGUUCUUGGCGACCAGCUCCCUGUCGAUUGGACGGCCUGGCCCGGCUCCUCGAAGCUGUGGAGGCGGUGGGUGGCCAGGCUUCGGCCGCGGCAUGAGCGCCUCUGGCGGAAGCUUGGGAUCUUCGCCGCUGUCCUCGCGACCACCGGCUGGGUGCGGCGGCACGAGGGCCUGCUGCUCCAGCUUGCGGGUUUCUGGUCCGGCGAGACCAACACGUUCCUCUUCCCGUGGGGCGAGGCCACGGUGACGUUGGAGGACAUGGCCGUGCUCGGGGGCCUGCCCCUGCUGGGCAGGCCGGUGUGGUCGCGGCUGCCGGACGAGCUCCGCGGGGACGUGGACGCGCUGGAAGCCGUCCGAAUCGCGCUGAGCAGAUGCACGAACAGAAAAGCCGCGUUUGCCCCGUGGGUUAAGCAAUUCGUCGAGCGGCCGACGGGGGAGGUCGCUGGCGACGGCAGAGGAGAGACUGAGGCGGCCACAUUGCUCGAGCACGGGGCGUUUCUGGCCAUGUGGUUGAGCAAAUACGUGCUCCCGGUGCCGCCAUUCGACGUUGUCAGACCGGACAUGUUCCCCCUCGCCGCCGGACUGGCGCGCGGCAGGUGCUCGGCCCUCGCGCCAGCCGUUCUUGCCAACAUUUACAACGACCUCUCCGCCCUCAAGCACUACUUAAACUUGAGCAAGAGCCAUCAGCCAUUCGUGGCAGGUGCGCCACUACACAUCCUCCAGCUAUGGGUCUGGGAGCGCUUCCCGGAGCUUCGCCCUGCGAUCAACUCCCACGGUGGUGAUCCCAGCAUGCCGAGGGCUACCAAGUGGCACAACAUCAGAAACCCGCUUGAUCCUGGCUACAUCCACGCUGUAUUCAUGUCCCCGGAGGAGUUCAAAUGGAGACCUUACGGAGGCAGUAGCUUUGCUCUGCCACAAGGCAGAAGUGGCUGCUGGGUGCACUGCCAUGAAGUAGCAACAAGCAAGGGAUUGCAAUCCUUUGCGCAAUGCCUCCGACCUUGCGAACUUGUCGGCAUGCAAUGCGUCGAGCAGUACUGUCCGCACCGCGUCGCAAGGCAGCUCGGCUUCGAUCAGGACGUACCUGGGACUGUUGCCCAUGCCAACUCAAGUCGAAAGAUGGCGUGGGCAACAUACAAGAUGCAGCCUGAAAACAUGUCGUUCUUUGCUCCGCAACACGAUCCGGGCAUGACAGUUCAAUACGCACAAUGGUGGAAGCCUUACUCGUCGGCAUGUGCUGUUGCUGUUGCUAAUGCUGCAAACAUGAAACAACUUAAUGUUGUAGUUAGUCCAAGAAAGAUGAAAGCUGAAGGUCUCAGUGGUGUAGAUUGUGGCAAAAAGCGUCACUUGGAGGCUGGGAUGACUCUGCAAGAUGAUACAGAGGACAAGAUUCCGUUGGCGGAGAGUCCGAAACUCCGAAUAGUGUCAUUCGAAAGGCACAAAGGCAGGAUACAGAGACACAUUUUGAAAGAUGACAAGACAAAGCAAAAUUCAGAAACCGUGAAGGAUUUGGUGCCAAGAUGGGCAGGAAAAGGCAGACGUAGGGCAAUUUCACGCAGAGUUGCUGUGAAAGCUUCGUCUGAUGCAGAGGCAGUUUUGGUGAGUGAAGUUGAUAAACCAUCGUGUGGGCCGGUCUCCAAGAAUGAGAAUUUUGAAGAGCAAGCACCAAGCUCGGUUAUCCCGUAUGAUGAGAAGAAUCUCAGUUCAGAGCAUGGGGAAGUCGAGGGUGCAGCGAGCGCUAGAAGCAACAAAGGCAUUAGAGCUGCAAUUGGAGUGGACGUAUGUUCAAAUCUUCCAGACAUCUUGGCCAUCAGUGGUAAUGAGUUGGAUGAAAUAUUCAGAAAGGAUAGCGAGGCGAGUGCAAUUUAUAUGGACUUGUCCAAGUUGACGAUGGCAACCUCCAACUCAGACCAGCCAAAUGAAGAACGACAUCUGGUCACCAUAAGAAGAGAUGAGUCAAAGGAUAUCAUGGUCCAAAACAAUAGUGAUAUCACUCUCAGACAAGGACCAGUUAAUGUAACUCAUGUCACUAAUGUUGAUGUCUUAGAUGGAUACAUUGAUGAAAUGCAGACACGCAAUGUAAUGGAAGAGGGAGAUCAGAGAGCGAAGGUGGACAGAGAAAACUCAACUCUUCUCGAAGGAAACAAUGAUGCAUCUUAUAAUGGUCUAGUAUAUGGAAAUAAUGAACUGGUCAAGAGAGUAAUUUCUACUAAAACACUCUACUAUCUUAGACCAUUCAAGCGGGUGAAGGAGCUCAGGUCAGAGAUUCAAGAGCCACAAAUGCAGGUCAAGUAA